AUGAACGCCAUACAACAGCGAUGCCGUCCGAAGCACCAGGUCCUCGUGCUCAAGUGCUAUCCCCGGACCACCAAGGGGGCUGUUGACGUCAAGCCCAACUCGAGCGAGCUAAGCUAUCUCCUGUUCUAUGCCACGUCGCGACGAUCUAAGAUCCAGAAAGUUGGCCAAUUUCUCGAGAAGAAGACAGCUGGUGAUGCUUGGCGGUUGCGCAUUGGAAAUGUACAGGUCACACUGCAAAUACUCGCCGCCUUGAUUGAGAAGGCGCCCAAGGACCUCCCCUUGUUUGCUCAAAAUGUCCUCAAGAUCAUGGGCCUCGUGCUCCGGUCCAACGAUAUCACCAUGGUCGAAGCCUCCCUGCCGACUUUUGAGACCUUCUGUGAAAACCACGACGCAUCCUCCCUAUUCGCCGACCAGGAAUACGUCCGUCAGUACGAGGAAAUAGUGAGCGCAUACGCUACCUUCGCCUCGACCCGGCAGACUCCGGGGAAAGGCACGGUCAGCAAACCAGUGGCCGUUCGGUGGAGGAAUGCGGGCUUGGGCGCCAUCAAGAGCGUUGCCGAGUCCGAGGCGCUGUCGUCGGUUGCUGGCCGUCAGCUCGAUGUCAUUGUGCCCAUGAUAUUGGAAAACCUCUGGACCGAUAACGAUGAAUUUCUUGACGUGUUGCUACAACGAGCCCACAUGGAAGAGAAGGGGGACUCUGGCCAACAUUUACGUCGCCGAACUAGUAUUUCCACCGUCAAAACGAAUGAGGAAGCGGGAGAUACCAAUCCAAUUGCCUUGUCUGGAACCGCAGCAGACGCUGACAAGUUGGCCGAGGAGGAUACUGGCGUUGUGGCUUUGCAAUGCCUCAAGCAAAUAUUCAUCAUUCCUAACCGUGCUCAGAUUCACGGCGCGACGGUUGCGUUGCUGAAAUUCAUCCGCGAACGGGUAGAACAGAAAGAGGCGGUGGUGAAGCCAAAACAGGGUACUGGGCGUGACAGCGGUUGGGCCAUUCGCAUCUACGGACUUGUAGCAAGAUGGGCACCCGUGCAAGACCGUUACGUGAUUCUGAUCACCGCCAUGGAUACUCUGUUACGAACUCAGCCGACGGACGAGAACGUGCCGGAGCAGGUUGCCUUGGUGGCCAUGAUGGGCUCGCUAUUGCGAUCCGACGCCAACUUGAUAGGUCUCAGUGUGAUGGAUGUGCUUCUAGGACUGAUCCAACACAUGAAGCGGGUGCUUAAACACUCCGGUCGUUCAAGUCAAAGUGCGCCCCCGGCUACCGCUAUGAGCGGCGAGAAGCCUCCUCAUUCUGUGGUCGAGCCUUCUGCGCCCCUGACCACUCACCAUAGAGAGCUCUUGGACAGGAUCCAACAGUGCAUCGGAGACCUAGCUACCCAUGUAUACUACGCCGACCAGAUAUCAGACAUGAUCCAGGCCAUUCUACUACGGCUGAAACCUCACCCGAGCACGGCUAGUUCGACACCGCCCACAGAGAAAGUCGACGACAGCGCCGGGCCAGGGGCCUCACUUGGCAACCUUUCAGAGGAUCAACAACUCGAUAGCUUAUUUGCCCUGGAUUUGGCCAAAACAGCCGCUUUGAAGGCUAUCAAGUCGAUCCUUCUCGUCGCCAAUCCCAAAACGAAAAUUAGUGGCAACGUUAGUCUUUCGCGCAACAGAGUGCCAAUCCAGGUCUGGGAAGGCACACAUUGGCUCUUACGUGACCCCCACGGACAAGUUCGAAAGGCGUAUGCGGAUGCCAUCAUCACAUGGCUUGAUCGAGAGACCACUAGGGCUGAUCUCAAAGCACGAGACGAAGCGGGUCAGAAGCCCACGCGAGUUGGCAACACGGAGUUGCCGCCGCCACCAAGCUUUGCCAGGCGAGCCGUAUCAAAUGCCUCCGCUCGUGAGAAGUCGGUCAAAGUGCUACGGUCGCAUUUCCUUCAACUGCUGCACUUGGCUAUUUAUGACAAUGCUCUACAAUUCAUUGAUUACGAAACAGACGUGGCCCUGUGCCAUGUCUUGCUCGCUAAGCUCGUCAGCAAGCUCGGCGUCAACGCUGUUCGUUAUGGAUUGGCUAUGAUUUUUAGGCUUCAGGAGGACAUUCAAGAUGCGGAGACUCCACUUCAAAAAGUGCGGCUGGGUUCCCUUUGUCAUGGAUAUUUCUGGGCUUUGAGUGACAGAUUUGACUUCGAGGCUACCGUCAUCGGCCGAGCCAUUCAUACCGAGAUUUCGAGGAGAAGGAGCAAGAGCUUCUGGGUGGAAGGCAUACAUGUACCGCCACCACUGCUGGAGCUCGUCGGCACCCCGGGGAUGCCCCGGCCCCAACCUAAAAUGCCCAUCAAGGAGGUUGAGUCGGAGGCAUUGUUACCAUUCGACGACCGACUAACGAUGGUUGACUGUAUUUGCACUGAUUACCAGGAGAGCAACACGUCGCCUCCAGUUAGCCCAGCAGCUUCGCCAGGUCGCGUUUUCUCCCACCCGAUCCUGAGCUCCACACUGAGUACCAUCCCAGCGGUUGAAACAGACCACGAGCUGCCCAUCAGGUUCAGGGAGGAUAUGCUCCAGGAAUGGACUCGCGAGGCUGUUGUGGUUGCUCUCCAAGCUGGUAGCAAAUCCGCAUCUCUCAAUGGGUCGCGGGCUGGUACUACGACUACUAGGGGCAAUCGUCUCACGGUUAAUGGCCUAAACACGAACAAUCACUCCGCCGGCGGAUUAGCAUCACCAGUCCAUAGUCAGCUUGGUCUACGGCCACCAUCUCAUGCUGGUGCGAGUGUCAGGGGAACGUCUGGUCUACGGAAAUCCAGCGUACAGAGCCGUGUGUCUGGAAGAAGUGAAUCCAGCCGCGGUUUCGUCGCAUCGAUAGACCAACUGAAGUCCGUUUUGAGUGGAGAGGCCGUACGGCCAGGCACCCUGCACACAGUCCGAGACGAUGAUAGCGUUGAAAGUAUGGUUAGCUACGACUUCACGCCCUCGGAGCUCUCUUUCAACCCUGGUGCAGGUGAUAACCCCGAUCAGCCGGGUGGUCUCGCUCGAUCCAGGUCGAAGUCUCGGGAUCGGAAGACAUCGGGCGAUUUGGGCGGUCCUCUUACGUCCCAUCCGCCUGAAGACGAAGACGAGGUUGGAGAGGACGUCCCACCCGUGCCCCCUUUGCCGUCGUCGGUGGCGGGGGGUACCGUUCCACAUGUUGGAUUUCAUCGUCCCAUGUCGGCUGUUUCCACGCGGGACCAUGCCGCAAAGCCUGCCAAGCAGAAUCUCAAGAGUCGAGGAGGUGACAGCAUUUUCUCCAGUACGAUAUCUGAGGCUGGGGGGGGCAAUCUGGACUUACAAUCACUGCUUAAGGGCAUUGACAGCAAGUCGCGGGAGCACUCGCUUGGAAAUUUGACCAAACCGCCCUACUGA